CCGUCUACUUGCUUGACGUUUAAAAUCCGCGUGCUUCUGUUUAGUGUUAAACUAAAGGUAAACAUAUAUUUCGAUAAUGACCAAUUUAAGCGAAGGAGAAAUAGCAAAACGACUGCGAGCGAAACAGCGGGAUAGCAGCGUCAUAUUUCGACGCAAUCGAGCUUUGGGAUAUGUCAGCAACCACAUUCCAGCCGUUGUUCGAUACAUACAAAGGCGUAAAGACAACUUGAUUACCACAUGUAUUGGCAGAUCUUUCCAGGUGUACACGGCGAGCCAUUUCCGAUUGCUCCAUGUAAGUGGACAGCACCCGGAUGAAAUUACUGCCAUGGCCACAGACCGAUGGCAUAUCUAUACUGCCUGCAACAAGUGCAUAUAUGCCUGGAGAGCUGGCAAACAUGUGAGACACAUUUACAGGGGUCACAGCAAAAAUGUCCAUCUACUGUUGCCCUUUAAUCGGCAUUUGAUAGCCGUCGACGAGGCGAAUAUCGUAAAAGUUUGGAACGUAAAGGAGGAAGAUGUGUAUUUGGAGAUACCAUUUAAACCGGAAGAGUUUUUAGUGACCGCAAUAGCACAUCCACCGACGUACGUCAACAAGAUUGUGUUGGGCUCGAAGCAAGGUCGGUUGCAAAUCUGGAAUAUAAAGGACAACCACUUGGUGUACACAUUCAAUGGUCACGAGAGCCGGGUAACUAGUAUCGAACCAGCGCCAGCUAUAGAUGUAGUCGCUGUAGGACACCAAGAUGGAACGACAAUAGUUAUGAACUUGAAAUAUGAUGAAAUACUAAUGGAAUUCAAACAAGAUUGGGGAGCAGUUUCAAAAAUCACUUUUAGGACAGAUGGUCCACCCAUUAUGGCCACAGCUAGUACAAAUGGGUACGUAGCAUUUUGGAAUUUGGAAGAGAAAAAGAUCGCUAGUCAAUUGCAAGCCCAUGAAGAUUCAAUCACAACGACGAUAUGUUUACCGAAUGAACCUUUGAUUCUUACUACAUCUCCUGAUAACUCAAUGAAAUUGUGGAUAUUCGAUAUGACUGAUGGGGGAGCACGUCUGUUGCGCAUUCGUGAAGGUCAUACAGCGCCUCCACUAUGCAUUCGUUAUCAUGGCGUAAGGGGAAACACAAUUUUAUCAUCCGGCGAAGACAGUUCAUUAAGGUCAUUUAGCACAAUAUCAGAAACUCUCAAUAGGAAUAUGGGCAAAGCCAGCUAUAAUAGAAAAUCUUCAAAGAAGAAAAAUCGCUUUGAGGAGGAUAAUCACCGCAUGCCACCCAUUAUUGAAUUCACAACUGAGUUGACACGAGAAAAGGAAUGGGACAAUAUUGCUGCCAUACACAGCGGAAGUAUACAGACCACCACAUGGUCCUUCCAUAAAAAUCGCAUGGGCGAUCAUCGACUGAUACCUGAGCAUUUUACCAAUAAAAAUCGUAAAGAUUUCAAAACGGAAACUACUUGUGUUACACUCACACAUUGUGGAAACUUUGUACUCUUAGGUUAUUCAAAUGGAGAGGUGCAAAGGUUCAACAUACAAUCUGGCAUACAUAGGGCCAGUUAUGGGAAACCGGCCCAUGCUGCAGCUAUUCGAGGUAUAGCUUGUGAUAAUCUCAGCCAAAUGGUUGUGACGGGGUGUAGCGCUGGUCUUUUAAAGUAUUGGCACUUCAAAGAAAAACUGGAUAAACCUUUCGUUGUGAGCAAGUUAUCAGAAGGUAUUGUUCUUAUGCGCUGCCAUCGCGAGAGUGCAAUGAUUGCAGUAGCAUUGGAAAAUUUUGUUCUACUGGUAAUUGACAUGGACACCAAAGUGGUCAUUCGCAAAUUCGAAGGCCAUUCGGCCAAAAUUAACGAUGUCACCUUCAGUCCAGACAGUCGUUGGCUAAUAUCUGCCUCUAUGGACACCACUAUAAAAGUGUGGGAUAUACCAUCUUCGUAUAUGAUCGAUCAUUUUCGUGUUGAAAGGCCUUGUGUUUCCUUAACCAUGUCGCCUACCGGGAAUUUUCUUGCCACGGCACAUGUUAAUAACUUAGGAAUAUACUUGUGGGCCAAUAAAAUGUUAUUCAAUCAACUCUCGCUGCGCUCGAUUAAUCCCUGUUCAACAGCACCUUACGUAGGUCUGCCCACAAAUGUAGCCGACGAAAUUAAUCUGGAAGAAUCUAUCCAGGAAUUGUCCAUGGAUGUUAAUGAAGAAGAAGAUACUGAUGACGAAGAGACCCUGGGUGAGGAAGUAAACUUCACGUACGAAACACCAGAGCAAUUAUCUAAAGAGUUGAUUACUAUGUCUGGUAUAGCAAUUUCCCGAUGGCAAAAUCUUUUAGAUUUGGAAAUUAUAAAGAAACGUAACAAGCCUAAAGCACCCCCCAAAGUGCCUAAGCAGGCGCCUUUCUUUUUACCCACGGUGGCUGGUUUGGACAUGAAAUUUGAUGUUACCCAAGAAAAGGCAAAUAACGAACUGGAAUCAAAGAUCUUCAAGAGUUCAACUCUUAAUAAUCUUACCACAUUCGGCAACUUGUUGGAGGAAACAGCCGCUAACGGAGAAUUCGAACGAAGUGUGUCUUAUCUGAAACAAAUGGGACCCUCAAUGGUAGAUUUUGAAGUAAAAUCCCUGCACCCCAUUGGUGGAGGAACAGUCAAAGCCAUGCUGCAAUUCUUGAAAACUUUGCAAUAUAUGUUCGAAACCAACAAUAACUUUGAACUGGCCCAAUCAUACUUGAGUGCUUUUCUGCGUUCACAUGGCACAAAUCUAAUAGACUUUCCCCCAGUAAUUAAUGCUCUCGAAGAGCUAACAAAAGUCCAGGAGACCUCAUGGGAAAAAGUCGAAGAACAUCUGAUGUAUGGCAUGGGAGUUGUGGCGGCCUUAAGAAAUUUUGUACAAUAAAACACUAGAUUAUCAACAAGUCCCUUAUUUACUUUUUAAGUUUGAAUUCUUUUUAAUAAAAAGAAACACGUCA